GGGGCGGGCGCGGGCGGCGCCGAGGACGAGGCCGCGGGAGGGCCGGCCGGCGGGCGAGCGCCGCCGCCGACGCACACGAGGUGACCAGGCAUUGAUGCACCCCCAGGGAGGCCACGCGCUCAAGGAGGCCACCCCCGCUGGCUGCUGCUCACAUGGUUUCUGGGCCCCUGGCACUCCGGUGGUGCGUGUGGGCAGGGCGUGGGGACAUGGGGCCCGACAUGGAGCUGCCCAGCCACUCGAAGCAGCUCCUGCUGCAGCUGAACCAGCAGCGGACCAAGGGCUUCCUGUGUGAUGUCAUCAUCAUGGUGGAGAACUCCAUCUUCCGGGCCCACAAGAACGUGCUGGCCGCCAGCAGCAUCUACUUCAAGUCCCUGGUCCUGCACGACAACCUCAUCAACCUGGACACAGACAUGGUCAGCUCCACGGUGUUCCAGCAGAUCCUGGACUUCAUCUACACCGGCAAGUUGCUGCCCAGUGACCAGCCAGCCGAGCCCAACUUCAGCACGCUCCUCACCGCCGCCAGCUACCUCCAGCUGCCCGAGUUGGCAGCCCUCUGCCGGCGCAAGCUCAAGAGAGCUGGCAAGCCCUUUGGCUCUGGGCGGGGUGGGGCCGGCCUGGGGCGGUCCCCCCGCGGCCAGCGGCUGUCCACGGCCUCUGUCAUCCAGGCCCGGUAUCCGGGGCUCGUGGACGGGCGCAAGGGGGCCCACACCCCCCAGGAGCUCCCCCAGGCCAAAGGCUCUGAUGAGGAGCUCUUCCUGGGCGGCUCCAGCCAGGAGAGUGUGCAUGGCUUGGGCCGGCCGGUCUGUCCAGCCAGCGGGGAGGCUGGCCUGGGUGGCUGCAGCACCAAUGGCAGCGGCGGGGGCUGCGAGCAGGAGCUGGGCCUGGACUUGUCCAAGAAGAGCCCCCCGCUGCCCCCCGCCACCCCCGGGCCCCCCCUUACCCCCGACGACCCAGCCCAGCUGAGCGACAGUCAGCAAGGCUCACCCCUCUCGGCCUCCGCCCCUCCCGUCGCCAACAGUGCCUCUUACGCCGAGCUGGGGGGCACCCCCAGUGAGCCCAUGGAUCUGGAGGGGGCCGAGGACAACCCCCUGAGCCUAUUGGAGGGGCCGGGCGGGCAGCCCCCCCGCAAGAGCCUCCGGCACUCGGCCCGCAAGAAGGAGUGGGCCAAGAAGGAGCCCGUGGCCGCCUCCCCCUUUGAGCGGAGGGAAGCGGCGCCAAAGGGCCCCUGCCCAGGGGAGGAGGCCGAAGGGCUCGGGGACAGGGUUCCCAACGGCAUCCUGGCCAGCAAUGCGGUGGCGGGCGGGCCCUACGGGGAGCCCUCAUACCCCUGCAAGGAGGAGGAGGAGAACGGCAAGGAUGGGAGUGAGGACAGCGGGCAAAGCGGGAGUGAGGGCGGCAGCGGCCACGCCGGCGCCCACUACAUGUACCGGCAGGAGGGCUAUGAGACGGUGUCCUACGGGGACAACCUGUAUGUGUGCAUCCCCUGCGCCAAGGGCUUCCCCAGCUCCGAGCAGCUCAACGCGCAUGUGGAGACGCACACGGAGGAGGAGCUCUUCAUCAAGGAGGAGGGUGCCUAUGAGACGGGCAGUGGGGGCGCCGAGGAGGAGGCCGAGGACCUGUCGGCGCCCAGCGCGGCCUACGCAGCCGAGCCCCGGCCCUUCAAGUGCUCGGUCUGCGAGAAGACAUACAAGGACCCGGCCACUCUGCGGCAGCACGAGAAGACUCACUGGCUGACGCGGCCCUUCCCCUGCAACAUCUGCGGCAAGAUGUUCACGCAGCGCGGCACCAUGACGCGCCACAUGCGCAGCCACCUGGGCCUGAAGCCCUUUGCCUGUGACGAGUGCGGCAUGCGUUUCACCCGCCAGUACCGCCUCACUGAGCACAUGCGCGUGCACUCGGGCGAGAAGCCCUACGAGUGCCAGCUGUGCGGGGGCAAGUUUACGCAGCAGCGCAACCUCAUCAGCCACCUGCGCAUGCACACCUCUCCCUCCUAAAAGCCAAAGACCCUGUUGGCCCGCGGGCGCCCAGGAAAGCAGGGGCACAGUGGCUGGGCCCCGGGUGUGGGGCAGUUCCUGGUGCAGCCCCCUGCCCGCCCCCCAGAGCUUUAAUCCACAGUCUGUACCAAGGGGAGAAGCAGGCAGCUGGCACCCAGCCCGAGUGCGUGUGGCUGCUGCGCCGUCUGCCUCCUGAUCCUGCCCGGCCCAGUUCCCCGUGAGGGCCACGGCGGGGCCUGCGGGAGUGGGUCACGGGGGUGUCCCGCAGGCCGGGUCGGAGCAGGGGGAGUGGGGGCCUCCCUCCACGCUGCGGGGAGCAGGGCUGCCGCGGCCGGGGUGUCUGUGCUGCCAGCCUGGCUCUGCGGGGAGCGGUGCCAGAGGGAGGGGACAGCGCCCUCCCUCCUCGAGCCAGGGGUCACCGCUCACUGGUGCUGGGACAGUCAGGGGCCCCCACCGCCUACCUCUCCACAGCUAAAGAGCCCUCUGGGCCUGUGUGGCUGUUAUUCCUACUGAUCUGUUCCUUUUUUCUUUUUGAAUUUUGUUUUUUAAACCAAAACCAACAAGAGUUUAUUUUCCUUCCGGCCCCUCGGGGCUGAGCCUGGGUCUGCAGACUGAAUGUACCGGGGCAGCCACCCCACCCCGCCCGACUGUGGGCUGGGCGCCCACCCUCCAGGCCCCAGAAGCCCUUCUUGGCCAAAGGCUUCCCUGGGCCCCGAGCCCUGCCUCGGCUGCCUCAGGAGAGAGAGUGCUUUUCCCAUAGUUUCUGAGGAAUAUUCUUUGUUUAGAGACUUGGGCGAGCGAGCGGUAGACCGGCCUCCGCCACUGCACGCUCCCGCCAGACCGAGCCCACCACCGGGGCUCCUCCAGGAUUGCAAAAAAGGUAAAGAAGAAAAGAUGAACCUUUAAGCAAAUACGAAUCUCAGAGACUCGCAGCAUAGCCAUACACCUCAGCCUGUGAAACGAACAAUCUGGACCCAGAUGGACUUUCAGAACCACACACAGCCGUGUGUGUUACCGUUGGUCGCCACUUGGGGGCUCUGGGCUGUCCGCCGCCCCUGCCCCCACCCGUCAGUAUUCACUGGACUGGCCGUGUGCAGGAGUGCGAUCGGGGCAGGCUGGCUGGGCAGGCGGACCCCAGCCGCCCUCCCCGCGGCCGUCCUGAGUCGGGGUGAGGCCUGGGCAGCUGGGAGGGCAGGGAUCAGGGCAGAGGCGGCCGCAUCCGUCCAGUCCCCUUGGCUUGAGGGGGCGAAAGCAGAGGCACCAGGCCUCAGAACAGACCAGGGAUCCCAGCCCUACCGGCCCCCUGCAGGGACCAAGGCCCUCCCUAUUCCCCAGAGCCAGGUUGGGCAUCAUUGAACCUGUGAACCCGAAGCCAGGAAGGGGUGGUGGAGUGGUGCCUGACCAGAGCCUCAGUCUGACAUUCCAAAUCAGGGGGUGGGUGUGCACUGUGGGAAUUGAGGCUGCCCGGGACCCCCUGCCUAGGACCACCCAUCCCCCACCGGGCUUGUCACCCCACUUUAAUUUUCUACCGGGAACCCCUCCCCCUACCUCACCUUGCUAUUUAUUGCUGUAAUUUAUUGACCUCAAAUAUGCUGCAUAACAGACCUCACUCAGGGCAGAGAGGAUCCCCAGGGCUCCCCCCCUCCUUUUGGUGGGGCCCCGUGGGGCCAGGUGCUGAGGGGAACCUCUCUGUCCCCCACCUAUCACUUGCUUUCCCCCUCCCCUGUUGGGGGACCCCAGGUUGGGCACUGGCCCAUUUUCAAAUACCUCGAGGGGGAGGGGGAGGGAUGGGGUUAUAGCUGUUUUGUUGGACGGGAACUGGAAGAGGGAUCAUGUCCUGCUAUGCACCCUUCCCAGGAAGGGGGGACCACGAUCGCACUCCUGUACUGGCCACCGCCACUGUCAGUCAUCACACUGAGUUCACUUCCCUCGAGAGUUUGGAUAAAUUCAGGUCAGAGCUGCAGGUAUGCAACCCUCAAGUGUCAUAGUAAAGCAGUUCACCGAUUUCUCCAUUCAGAAGCGUGCAGUCUUAAUGUACAGUGAUGAGAAACUGUUAUUUUAUGAUCUUUUCAUUAAAAGCUUGAUUGAAAACUCG